CGUGCCGCGUAUUAUGCCGGCGCCCCGGGGCCGUUCUCCACGUGCCGCGCGCCCACCGCGCACCGCCCCGCACAACAACGGUUCUAGCUACACCAAAACGCACGCGAUAGCGCGUCUCCACUCUACCGGAAUGUAAAUAUUUAUGGAUGUCAGUUUUCAGUUGUUUAGAUUGGCUGUGAAUUUUAAGUGAGAGUAAGAGUGGCGGCGACCGGCUGGCGACGCCGCGGAUGUCGCUGCUCGGCAAGCCGCUCAGCUACCGCGCCACGCGACGCGACGCGCGCUACCGCCGCCUACAAUCCAAGUUCUACAACUUCCUUGAAAGGCCGAGGGGCGUCAAAGCUGUCCUCUAUCACAUGAUUGUGUUUCUGAUGGUGUUCAUGUGUUUGUCGCUGUCAGUGUUCUCCACUAUUGAGGAGUACGAAGCGAAGGCUGGCAUUGUGCUGUUCUACAUGGAGACUGUUGUAGUCAUUUGGUUCGCAAUAGAGUUCUUUCUAAGGUUGUGGUCAUCAGGAUGCAGGUCACGAUAUCAAGGCUCAAUAGGUCGCCUCAAGUUUUUGAGGCGGCCUUUUUGUAUAAUCGAUGUGACCACGAUCCUGGCGUCUCUAGUGGUGCUGGGCAUGGGCUCGUCGGGGCAGGUGUUCGCGGCGUCGGCGCUGCGCGGGCUGCGCUUCUUCCAAAUCCUGCGCAUGGUGCGCAUGGACCGGCGCGGCGGCACCUGGAAACUGCUCGGCUCCGUCGUAUACGCACAUCGGCAGGAAUUAAUAACUACGUUAUACAUAGGAUUCCUCGGGUUGAUAUUUGCAUCAUUCUUAGUUUAUUUAGCUGAAAAAGAUGUCGCUGAUACCAAAUUCAAAAACUUCGCAGAAGCUCUAUGGUGGGGAGUUAUCACGCUGUGCACGGUGGGGUACGGCGACAUGGUGCCUCAGACGUGGCAGGGAAAAUUCAUAGCGUCCUUUUGCGCGCUGCUCGGAAUCUCCUUCUUUGCUCUUCCCGCUGGUAUUUUAGGUUCAGGGUUCGCUUUGAAAGUCCAACAACAGCAACGACAAAAACAUAUGAUAAGGAGAAGACAACCGGCUGCAACUUUGAUACAAGCUUUGUGGCGAUGCUAUGCGGCGGAUGAACACUCUAUGAGUGUCGCCACAUGGAAAAUUCACCAAGUUCCUCUUCCAAGCCCACAAACAAGCAGGGUGAUGAGUGCGUCGUUCAAGAACAAUGCGUCUUUUGUGUCGCGGCUGCCGACGAUCCGGCGGCACAAGAGCACCUCCCUGCACUCCCCCGCGCCGCACUCCAAGCCGGCCGCGGCGCACCGCUACGACGUCAACGCCAGCGCUGAGAACCUCGGCGCGACCACGGGGCGCCCCGGCCGCGUCGGGCGGCCGCGGCCCGUCAACCCUUCGCACAGCGAGGACUCGGUGGCCGAGACAUCACUCUCCAAGAAAAACUCCGACGACGAAGAUGAGGAGCCGCGUUGCGUAACGUUAACGCCGCGCCAUAAAGCCGCCAUUCGAUUUAUAAGGAAGAUGAAAUAUUUUGUGGCUCGUCGUAAGUUUAAGGAAGCACUAAAGCCAUACGACGUAAAGGAUGUAAUUGAGCAAUAUUCCGCGGGGCAUGUCGACCUGCUGGGCCGAGUGAAAAACGUCCAGACUAGAUUAGAUCAAAUACUUGGUAAGCAAGGAUCGAAAGCGAAAGACGUAUAUGCAUCCAAAAUCAGUCUAGCUUCCAGAGUAGUUAAAAUUGAAAGACAAGUAGACGAUAUAGAGAGUAAGUUGGAUCAUUUAUUAGAAUUAUACGAGGAGGAUAGAAGAAUUUCAAGGAGGUUAGGGAACAGUAGUGAAAGUGGAGGUGGGGGUGGGGGCAUUGCUCCGAGCGAGGGGGCGCUGGCGCUGCGCGUGCGACCGUCGCUGUCGGACAAGCAGUGCUCGGAGCCCAACUCGCCCGUGUCGCGCACCUUCGAGCCGCCCGCGCCGGCGUCCGCGCCGCCCAUGCCGCACAAGAGGCCCAUGAACAGAGGCUACUCCGACCUCGGCACCAGAUUUAUGCGCAAAAAAGUCAUUGUAAAAACUUCAUCGAGUCGAAAUGGUGAGUCACCUCGAGACGACGAAGUAGUUAUAGUGGUGCCGACGGACCGCGAGGACACUCCCCCGCGAUUAGCGACGGAUAGCUCAGAGGUGUGCGCGAGCUGCUCCGUAGAGGUGGAGACCGAGGCGGAGGGCGUGGGGUCUCGGUCGGGCAGCACGGGCUCCGCGUCGUGGUGCGAGGGCGAGGCCGAGCCCGACGCGGCCGAGGAGCGCGGCUACGGCUCCGGCGACUCGCUGGCCGAGGACGCCGCGCUGCUCGGCGACGCUGCGCACGCGCCGCGCAUCGUGCGCGCGCAGCGCCGCGACGUCGCCGUCGACCUGCACCUGCUGCACCCAGACGCGUGAAACUUGCGCACGCCGACGUCAAACCAGCACUUUAUAUUCCAGAAACUGUAACGUACGUCAGGGAUGGAAAAAUUUAUAGACCUGAUAGGGUACAUGAUGCAUCUUGUGGUUACGGAAAAACGUUAAAUGCGGAGACCGCUGUAAAAUAGCUGACAUUAUGAGUAAUGGUAUCCAGCAGUGUACCUACAUAUUAUGAUAUGAGAUGAUGACAGUAAUAAUAUAAUAGAAAUGAUAUUAAAUACCUAAGCCUAGAUAAGGCAGGCAGGUACAAUACGUAUAUUAUGACUCUUUUUCUUAAGAAGACUAACAAUAACAAAAUAUUCUUUGAUUUUUUUACCCACCACUUACCUCCUAAUGAGGUACCGGUUCGUAGCAAGCUAUGUGACGUAUUGCUUUUCAGUAAUGUCUUUAACGAAAAGAAUGAAAAAUAAAAAAGUAAGAAACAUAACUUUUCAUUGUUUUCAUGUACCCUGUUAGGUAUAAAAUACAGUGAAUUAUAUUUUCAGUGGACUAAUUGCUCAGUACUACAAUUCUGCGAUUGUGUAUUAAGACUAGAAAGUGCUAGACUGACGACGACUGGGCUGUCUCCCUUGUGAUCCUAAACAUUAUAUUAAAAGUAAAUGUAAAUACAAUUUUAAAAGUGAAAGUAUUUUAACUAAAAAAUCAUUAUCUGACUCACACAAGCUGAAAAAAAACUGCAUGCUACCACAAAGACUACCUUAAUAAACGGAUUUGGUAUUUUGUUAAGUAAGUACCUAAUAAACUAACUGGUAAACAAGGUGCCUACCCGAUGUAGGUCAUUGCAAUUUCACCGAAUAAUGGCCUAUGAAUUAUUAUUGUGUGCNUUGUGUGCUUACCUACUUAUGAAUUAUAAUAACAGUAUUUUUCGUUUGUUUAAUAAUUGACCAUCAACGAAUUUUUGAAACUAUAUUAAGUUGCUUAUACUCGUACAACGUGUCGGAAAGAUAUUUUUUUAAUCUUUAAGGGUUGAAAAUAUUCAAAAUUACGUAGAAACAAAUGAGAAACAAUAUCGGAUUUCAUCUUAUGGACACCCUUACAAUAUCGCACAUUUAAGAACGUCAAUAUCGUUAUUAUAACUAUUAUCUAAAUCCAGAUUUAAAACUUCAAAAUGCAGAAUGAGUAUCCUACCUCCAUAGAGGUGGGAUUCCAGAUCCCAACAACCUGCGCACAAUGCUGACCACAAAAACGCUGUUCAAACUCGAUCAAAAAUAAUGUAUAUCGUUUAAAAACAUUAAUAGAUAGGUGCUUAAGUAAUUCAAAGAGCAAUCAUUAGUUUUAGUGUGGUUGAGUAUAUUGAUUAGUUAUGUGUGUUACGUGCUGCUCCAAUAAAUAGUUAAACAACGAGUAUAAUUAUGGUUAAUGUAAACUAAGUAUCAUCGAUUUCCAUUCGUUUUAUAUUAUAAAAUAAAGACCAAAGACUCGAAAAUAGUUACGAUAUAAAUAGAUAGUUUCAAGUAUUAUUACGCUUAUUUUUUGUUUAAUUUAAUAGGUGCUUAAAAUAUCAAAAGGGUAUUUCUCGUCAACAAUGAAAAUAAUGACUAAGAGAAUUAAUAUUAUGUAAGUAUUAGAAUCGCAGGAGGAACUGGACACUAUAACAAGUUGCUAUGAGAAUUCCCCUUUUGUUCUGUUUCAAAUCAUGACUGUUCGAUUAUAUUGAAAGUAGUGAAUGGAUGACGAUAUUCUAAUGAAUCUAUCGCAAUCGUUUUCACGUGGAUUACGAUGAUUGCGAUAUUUUUUUCUUAGUAACACAACGAUUAGCUCUUAUAUUACACUUUUAAAUGAAACUCCUUCAAGAAAACAUACCAAGACUAAUCCGACUCAAGAUUUCAGAAUCUUAAAUGUAGAGUUUUGACAUACUUAGCUAAUGUUGCGAUGACAACAGUUCAAGAAGUUGCUGUUCACCACGAUAGGUGAAUCUGAUGUUGAAGCAACAUAAUGUAUCCUCGAGUUCAUUGUUAAAAAAAAUCUACUCCUAUUUCAAAUAAUCGAACAUCUUGUGAUAGAGGCUUCUGAUAUACCUAGGUAAUAAGAAAUAAUAAUUUAAUAUUUAUUAAGUUGUAAAUAUUUUAAGACCAUAAAAGUACCUAUAUUGUUGGAUUGUAAUUCCUUUGGUGGGCCANCUUUGGUACGAAUAUGUCAAGUGUGAGUGUAGCCUAGGAAGCUGGAAAGACAUACAUAUUUUGAGAAAAGAGAAUAUUUACUCUAUGUCCUUACAGCCACUGCUGAUUUCACAAUUGCCAAUUGGCUUAUUAGUAGGUAUACAAAUAUAGUUUUUUCAGAGGAUCUUUUUAAUUAACCAUGCCAUAAAGUCAUACUCUAUAACCACAUUACAUAUUUGUUUUGUUUAGUGAAAUAGAUAUAAUAUUAUCUUAUGUUAUACUUAUCUAUACUAUUAAAACAAUAAGUACUUGUAUAAUAAUAUAAUACCUACUUAAAACUGCCUCUACCCAGAAAGAAAACUGGAACUAAAGUAAAGUGUGAUGCAUUGGGACCGAGUAAAUAGGUUAUAUCACUUUAUGAUGAUGAUAACAAAAUAGGUUAAAUAAAAUAGGUGAUAAUGAUAUUUCAAAA